UUGAAUUUUUGUUGAAAUGCCCCCUACGAACAAGUUCCUAAGUUAUUUGUCAAACGUCUUGUAAUUAAUUUCAUUAAAUCCUCACAUAAUUAUCGAAAUUUAUCCAUUCAGUGUGCAAAUUACUGCCGAAGCCGUUAUAAACUGAAAAAUGGCGUCUAUCUCUCAUUGUAUAAAAUUCACAAGGCUUACGUCAAUGUUUAUUGGCUUACUUAUUCUGUUUUUCUUCAGUAUUGACUUUUGCUUAUGUUCUCCUUGAUGGAUUUUUGAUAGUGUUUGUGAUUUUAGCAAAAUAGUGCAGGAUGGCUGCACACUUUCAACCCAAUGAAGUGAAAUUGGAGGAACAGUCUGAGAAUGUUACUGAAAUUCAAUCAUAUCUGGCUGGAUUUCAAAAAGAAAUUGGCUCUGAUGUAACUAUUCAACAAGUGUCCGAUGAUGUGGAAGAUGAAGAAGAAGGCACAUAUUUUGUUGACCAAGCUGGUCAUUACUAUUUCCAAGCUAAAGGAGACGCACAACCGGUUAUGACAGUGGUUUCCACCCCUGGAUUGUCUUCUAGCAAUGACGAUAGGGAAGAAUAUAUUAUAAAUGCUGAAAAUGAUAAAUCUGAUGGAGAUACAGAACAUAAAACAUCUGGUAAUAUAUUAAUUAAUACUGGAGACACUUAUCAAAGGGUCUCUUUAGUACCUUCUGAUGAUGCAUCUGCAGAAAUGAGUUAUGUUUUAAUUGUACAAGACCCAUCUGAUAUAAAAGAUGGAGAAGGGGAUGGUGAUCAGGAUAUGGCUGUGUAUGACUUUGAUGAAGCUGAAGAAAGUGGUGAAGUUGUUGAUUCUGAUAUCGAAGACGACAAAUCAAAAAUCGUAAAAAUAGUUCCACGAAAAUCUCAAGUAGUUGCUCAGGCUCAUAUGUGCAACUAUUGUAAUUACACUAGUUCUAAGAGGUAUCUAUUAUCCAGACAUAUGAAAUCCCAUUCUGAAGAAAGACCACAUAAGUGUAGUGUUUGCGAAAGAGGAUUUAAAACUUUAGCUUCUCUACAAAAUCAUGUGAAUACGCACACAGGAACGAAACCACAUAGUUGCAAAUUCUGCUCAGCUGCUUUUACAACUUCAGGUGAAUUGGUUAGGCAUGUUAGGUACCGCCACACCCACGAAAAGCCACAUAAGUGUGAUGAAUGUGAUUAUGCAAGUGUUGAACUAUCGAAGCUGAAAAGACAUAUAAGAUGUCACACCGGAGAGAGACCUUAUCAGUGCCCUCAUUGCACCUAUGCUAGCCCAGAUACAUUUAAAUUGAAAAGACAUCUCAGAAUACACACUGGAGAGAAGCCGUAUGAAUGUGAUAGGUGUCCGGCUAAAUUCACACAGUCCAACAGUUUGAAAGCGCACAAGUUGAUCCAUAAUGUAGGAGAAAAGCCGGUAUUCCAGUGUGAACUUUGUCCAGCCACAUGUGGUAGGAAAACCGAUCUUCGAAUCCACGUUCAGAAACUACAUACUUCGGAUGCACCGUUGAAGUGUAAGAGAUGUGGCAAUUCAUUCCCCGAUAGGUACAGUUACAAGUUGCAUACCAAAACUCACGAUGGUGAGAAAUGCUACAAGUGUGACAUUUGUACUUACGCUACCAUUUCUGCCCGACAUCUAGAAUCGCAUAUGCUGAUUCAUACUGAUCAAAAGCCUUUCCAGUGUGCGCAUUGCGAUCAGUCUUUCAGGCAGAGGCAGCUCCUCAAACGUCAUGAAAACUUGUACCACAACCCAGACUAUGUACCUCCAGUACCAAAGGAAAAAACACACGAAUGUCCGGAGUGUUCCCGGGCUUUCCGUCAUAAAGGAAACCUGAUCAGGCACAUGGCUGCCCACGAUCCCGAUCCCAGCAUCCAAAAGAAACAGCUGGAGCUCAAGUUGGGUCGCCAAAAGAAGAUCCAGAUGAUUGACGGACAACAGGUAGAGGUGAUGCCUGGCAUGAGUUCUGAGAACGAAGAAGAAGAGAUCGAUAUGAUGGCGGUGGAAGGCUCAGAUGGACAACAAUACGUUGUGUUGGAAGUGAUACAACUCGGGGAUGGCGAUGAACAAGCCAUGGUUGUGGGAGAAGGAUCGGGAGAGAUAGUCGGUGAUAGUAUUUUGCCCGAUCAUGAUCUGAAUGGAGAGGAUGUGAUAAAAGCUUUACAAACGGCCAGAAGAAUUUCUAAAGGUGAAAGCGAUGAGGAAGCAGAGACUGACAAGAAAUUCAAUCCUUCAACACAAACGGACAUGAUGAACUGUUUUGGUUUUGACGAUGAAGAAGAUGAUGAGGAAUCAGAUUCCAAAGAGAGAACAAUCACGUUGCUGGGUGGUGUUAACUAAUUGUCGAAUGUUGUUGGGAGGAAAAGUUGUAGAAGUGUUCUUGCUCUAGGUGUACAUUUUGUACAUAUAUGAUAAACUUUUCCCUUUGAAAAUUUAUAUUGUUGAUUUUAUUAUCUUAUAGUCUGAAAUUGUACAUAUUCAAGUCAAGCAUUUUACUCGAUUACAGUUUUAGUGAUUUUUCAUAUUGAAAUAUAUUUUGAUGAACGUCCAUUCAAAGAGAAAUAAUAAUUUACAUCUGGAUUUUUUGUGAUGUAAUGGGGUAUUUUUGGAAAACUUAAUUUUUAUGAUACUUCCCCCUUAAUUUAUUUGUUAUUUAUGAACCAAAUUAGUUUGAUGGCUAUGGAAAUGUUUUCAGUGCAGUUGUUUCAUUUGUAAUUUAUAUACUACAAAGAUUGAUUGUUUUUUCCAGUAUUUAUUUCAAGAUUUUUCGAGGAUAUCCUUUUUUUUUUUUUUUUGAAUAUUGGUUGGUCAAAUAAAUCUUAUUACACAGUU